GUCGCCAACCGUGUAGAACAUUUGGAAUGGCUAAAACAAAACAGGAUCAAAUCUGUCCACAAACACACUGUACCUUUUGAAACUAUCGAUAAGUAAUUUAAGGGUCCAUAUGCUAUGCCGACAAAUAGAUUGAUAAGGCACGAACUUUGUGAGACUGUUACGCAAGAUUAGAUAACACAUUACAUUUAUGUAAACAAGAUGCGGGGAGGCACGACGUUAAAUAGCUAGUGUAUUCAUAGCGUGCGCUUUAAUAAGAGGAAUAUAUUUGUCAACAAAAUAUUUAAGUUCCGUCGUUCCGCACUGUUGUACCAGGACGUUGAAGGAGCCAUGGCAGCUGCCCAGAAGAUGUUGAACUUACCAUGCAGCUUUACAUACUUUGCGAGGAUGAUUUCUACUACCCAGCAAAGAUGUUUGAAUCUUAUGGAAUACCAGAGCAAAGUACUGUUGCAAAACAGUGGAGUUACUGUGCAGAACUUUUUGAUGGCUGAGAAUCCAGCAGAUGCAGUGGAUAUUUCUAAGAAAUUAAAAGUUCCUGAGUAUGUCAUAAAAGCACAAGUGCUAGCAGGUGGUCGAGGGCUUGGUCAUUUUGAUAAUGGAUUUAAAAGCGGUGUUCACAUAACAAAGAAGCCAGCAGAAAUUGAGGCCAUUUUGGGAAACAUGAUUGGGCAUAGACUUAUCACCAAGCAGACUCCAAAGGAUGGCAUUCUAGUUAAGAAAGUUAUGGUAGCAGAGUCUGUUACCAUUAAGCGGGAGACCUAUGUUUGUAUACUGAUGGACAGGGAACACAAUGGUCCAGUUAUUGUUGCGUCACCAUCUGGUGGCACAGAUAUUGAAAAUGUGGCAGAAAAGACACCUCAUCUUAUAAAAACUGUACCAGUUAACAUAUCAGAAGGUGUAAGUGAUGAAAUGGCUAAUACUAUAGCAAAAUUCCUCGGAUUUGAAGGUGCUAAAGUAAAUAAGGCUGCAACAGAAAUUAAAAGGCUGUGGGACUUCUUUCUUAAAGUGGAUGCAAUUCAGGUGGAGAUAAACCCUCUAGCUGAAACUGUUGAAGGAAAUGUUGUUGCAGUUGAUGCAAAAAUCCAGUUUGAUGACAAUGCAAAAUUUCGACAGCAAGAUAUUUUUGCGCUUGACAACACGUCUGAAACUGAUCCAAGAGAGGUGCAAGCAGCAAAGUAUAAUUUAAAUUACAUUGGAAUGUCGGGUAACAUUGGUUGCUUAGUUAAUGGAGCAGGACUUGCAAUGGCCACAAUGGAUAUAAUUAAACUGCAUGGAGGAGAACCUGCAAAUUUUCUUGAUGUUGGAGGCGGUGUGAGAGAAGAACAAGUAUAUGAAGCCUUCAAAAUCCUGACAUCAGAUCCUAAUGUGAAAGCCAUAUUAGUCAACGUGUUUGGUGGGAUUGUAAACUGUGCAACAAUUGCUAAUGGUAUAGUAAAUGCAUCACGAAACAUCAAACUGAGUAUUCCGUUGGUUGUGCGUCUAGAAGGAACAAAUGUUGAAGAGGCAAAGAAAAUACUGAAAGAGUCAGGUCUUCCAAUACAGCUGGCAUCUAGUUUAGAAGAUGCUGCUGUGAAAGUUACGUCAAGUAUAUGAUUUAGUAUUAUCUGCAAAACCUGAUGAAAAAUAAAACUUUUUGAGGAAUAUUUUUACGUUCUUUCAAACUGUUGUUUAUGUACAUUUUUUUCUAUAAUCUUUGUGAGUUUGUGGAUGAUGAGAAUAUGAUUUAUAUUAUGUACUGUUUGGGAUAUUGACUUUUUAUAAAAAUAAAGACUUUUUGAAAAAAUAA